AUGCAAGUGCUAGGCCUUUGGGGCGAGAAACCUCGUCCGAUCUAUCGGUAUUUUUUGGCCCUCUUUACCGAGGGCGCUUUUCUGUUCGUACCGAAGAUGAUGUUCGGUCCCGGUGAGGAAGGAUUCGAUUCGUUCGUUUGCAACCUGGCGGAGUUGAUCUUCGUCGGUGAAGUGGUUGUUUCGUUCGGACUGUUCAACUGUCGGGCACGAUCGUUCGCCAAGUUGGUGCACAAUUUGCAGGACGUUGUCGAGCGGUAUGGUAUGAAGCCGAAUGCCAGUGGAAUUCGCACGACCAUCGAAAAUACGGAGAAAUUCUGUAGAAUCUAUGCGAUUUAUGUUUGGAUUGCGGUGACCUUUUACACCGGUUUUCCGUUACUGUCGUCACUUGCAUCGUUGCGCUUGAAGCCGGAAGAUGAGAGAGGCGAUUUCAUGCCAAUCAUGGUCAUGAAAUUCUAUUCGUUGGAUGUUCGUCGUAACAUAACCGAUUACGGAAUAUAUUUUGUACUUGUGUUUUUGGCAAGUACUUGCUCUGCAACUCAAAGCAUGCUAAAAGUGACGGUAAUUUCGACUAUCAUAAAAUAUGGUGGAGUAAUGUUCGACUUUACAACGCUGAAGAUUAAACAUCUGGCGGAAUUCCCGGAAGGUGAUGAACGCCGGCAAGAGCUACGAGAGAUUAUAGAACUUCAUCAAUUAGCGCUGGAAUAUGCUGCCCAUUUGGAGAAAUCCGUUUCUUUCUUUUUACUAAAUCAAAUGUCUUGUUGCGUUUUGUUGAUGUGUUUGAUGAUGUACUAUAUUUCAACCGCAGCGAAAGUAGGUAAUACCAUGUACGCUUACGCAUGGUAUUCGGAACCAGUUGAUAUGCAAAAAGAUAUCCAAUUUAUCAUUGCACGGUCUCAACGACCAACGGGAAUUACUGCCGCUAAGUUUUACUUCGUCAAUAGGGAAAGAUUCGCCAUUGUUAGUCAGACAUCGCUCUCUUACUAUUUGUUCUUGAAAAAUACAUUUUAG